CAGAAUAAUAAAUAGUGGUAGCUACGUUUAGCUAGAAGCAAGCUAGCUAGCUACAUCAACUAUCUUGGUUUCACAAGAUAAAUUAGCGAUUUCACACUACUAACUAAGUGCAUUGUAAUGCAAAUAUAAUGACUGCAUUGGACACUUCUGUUGAACAAAAAUCUAUUGGAAAAUGUUUGCUGUAUAACUGGGUAGAGGAGCGGGCCACUGCCGUCCUUGACAAUGAGAGGCCCAGAGCGCACAUCCACAAAAAUGGACAUAAAGGGAUUCUCACUAUGGAUCUGUCAUCCAAAGUUCAAGGUGUCACCACAGUGAAUGCUGCUUUCACCCCUCCCAAGGGUCACGGGGUGAGACAAAGAGGCCUCAGAGGAGAACUUUUGGAAAAUGAUCUGCUCAAGAAAAUAAGUGAGCAGACACAUGCAGAAUUGAACCCUGAGCCUCCCAAAACAGAGUUCUGCUCCACUACCAAAGAGGACUACAAAGUUGAAGGCUUUCUGCCUUCCCUGCCUUCACCACAAAAGGAGCAUGACUACAAAAGCGAUCAGGCAAUUACCUUUUGGAGUGAGAAUCAUCAUCAGAUACAGGGUGUAACAGCGGUGAGAACCAGGGAUACCCCAUUCAAGAAGAAUGCCACCUUCAGCACACCUAUCAGUGAACACAUGGAUGACAAGCCUAUUCUGUACACACCGGAGAAUUAAGCUGUUACUCAUGUGCGCAUUGGACACAGUGGUAUUAAAUUAUUGUUCCAUAAUAUUGUGUAUGAAUAUUGCUCUGUUUAUCAUUUCAAUUAGGUCUAGUCUCUGCACUGUAUAUGAAUUGCGUAAGUACUGCACAAAUGAUUUAACACAAGCAGACAGAUGAAUGGUUUUGAAUUGUAACUUUAUCUCAGGGUCAUUGUCUCCUUGCAGAAUUACAGUUGUUGUUUUUCUAUUCAUACCAGAGCUUUGUAUUAAGAAUAUUCUCUCUGUUUGUUCAUGCUUUUAUUUUUGUUUGUAGGUUAUUUUCUCCUAUGGUCUUUUUCUCAAACCUUUGCAACUUGUAAUUACCACAAUUGAGCAGUGCUGAACAACAGAAAGCCACAUGUUCCACUUUCCUCUGUGCUGGGCAAAAAUGGAUCUGGCUAUUGUCCUUGGACAAAUGGCAAGAAAACCAUUUGUUUUCUGAGAUGAGGAAAGUGUUUUUCCAACGUUAGAAAGAGAGGCACACAGAAGCCUCCUCCGCCUUACAGAUGUCAGAAAUAUUGAUGUUCAUAUUGAUGUUCAUGCAGCCUCCUUACUUUAGAGAGCAUGGCUCCGAUUCAGAUUUGUGUUCUGUCAAUCAAGAGACAUGUCUACAUUGUGUUCCUCUCUCCUCUUGCUUUCAGCAGAGAUUAUGAGGAGGUAGCUAUGGCAACAAGUAAUUUUAGACUACAUUUAUGCAAAUUAUCCCCCAAAACAUUUCCUUACCUCAUGGGAUUAGAGGGGGAAACAAUUGAUGUCUGAAACAGAUGCCAUUUAGCUACUUCCAGCCAAGUUUAAUUCAAAUUAACUGUGAAAAAGUAAAUAUUUCCUUGAAUAAAUUUGGCUACUAAUUUUCUUCCAUGAUUCAAUUAAAUUAAUAAUGUAUGUUUUGAUCUAUCCAUAACUGUGUAUUUGUUUAAGUUGAUAUAAAAUGUAUUACAAUACUUCAUUCUCUGUAUUUCCCUGUGAAGGGAGCACUGCUCUGAGUUAUUAAAAUGGAUGUAGUGCUUUUGUCAGAGGAGACAAAUGUUGAACCAUCUUAUGAACUAUGUGCUUGUGAUACAGUAGGCCUACAUACCUGCAGUAGAAAUUCCUUCAAUGCAUUUCCCCGUCAAAAGUUCCCUUCUUGGUUGUUGUUGUCUCUCCUCCCAAAUUGUAUCAAAAAUGCUAAUGGCGUUCUUCACCCUCCCUUCAACUCUCUUCAAAAGAUAAAACCAGGAGCCUUUGAUGACUCAACAAUUACUCAAAUUCAUCCUUCAUUCUUCUACUGAAUUCUACAGUAUCAUUUAAUUUCAUUUAAACAUCUGUAUGCACACACAUGUACAGAUUUGGAUACUGUACACUCCCUGAAGGGGAGACAAAAGUGAUGAGAGACUUAUGUGACACCAUAAUUGUGCAUGUUCUCCCACUUAAAAAGAUGAGAGAGGCCUGUAAUUUUCAUCAUAGGUACACUUCAACUAUGACAGACAAAAUGAGAAGAAAAAAAAUCGAGAAAAUCACAUUGUAGGAUUUUUUAUGAAUUUAUUUACAAAUUAUGGUGGAAAAUAAGUAUUUGGUCACCUACAAACAAGCAAGAUUUCUGGCUCUCACAGACCUGUAACUUCUUCUUUAAAAGGCUCCUCUGUCCUCCACUCGUUACCUGUAUUAAUGGCACCUGUUUGAACUUGUUAUCAGUAUAAAAGACACCUGUCCACAACCUCAAACAGUCACACUCCAAACUCCACUAUGGCCAAGACCAAAGAGCUGUCAAAGGACACCAGAAACAAAAUUGUAGACCUGCACCAGGCUGGGAAGACUGAAUCUGCAAUAGGUAAGCAGCUUGGUUUACAGAAAACGUUUGACCUCUGUCAUUGCCAACAAAGGGUAUAUAACAAAGUAUUGAGAUAAACUUUUGUUAUUGACCAAAUACAUAUUUUCCACCAUAAUUUGCAAAUAAAUUCAUAAAAAUUCCUACAAUGUGAUUUUCUGGAUUUCUUUUCCUAAUUUUGUCGGUCAUAGUUGAAGUGUACCUAUGAUGAAAAUUACAGGCCUCUCUCAUAUGUAUAUACUGUACUCGAUACCAUCUACUGCAUCUUGCCUAUGCCGCUCUGUACCAUCACUCAUUCAUAUAUCUUUAUGUACAUAUUCUUUAUCCCUCUUUACACUUGUGUGUAUAAGGUAGUAGUUUUGGAAUUGUUAGCUAGAUUACUCGUUGGUUAUUACUGCACUGUCAGAACUAGAAGCACAAGCAUUUCGCUACACUCGCAUUAACAUCUGCUAACCAUGUGUAUGUGACAAAUAAAAAUGUGAUUUGAUUUGA